GUUCUUGAAGAUUAAUUCACACUCAUAAUAUUAUAACAGAAAAAUGUGUAUUUGUUUGCACACUGUGCAUGAAUAUUUUGACAGUUAUUCAGGUCCUUUCACUCCACAUUAGAGGAAUUAGAGAUGAACAAUAGGUAGAUGAGAGAUGUUGUGAGGCCAUUGUGCAAUAGGAGGUGAACAGUUAGCUGGCAUUUUCCAGAGCUGAAUAAAAUCCGUUUUACAGGGGGCACUGGGUUUGUGUAUCCCACAACACACAGGAGUCAGUUCGCUCCAGGGUUUCAUCUGAAGAGACGUUACGGUUGAAGGCAAAAGUGGAGACCCACAACGCGCAGCGGCAAACAAGGACCUGGCCUGGUCUCUUCCAGUUCCUCCCUUCGAGUAUCGCUCGCGCUCUCCAGUCGACCGUGGAGCGGUGGCGUGAGAUGCACCCACAGCGUCCGCUGCCCCAGGCCAUGCCCCCCUCACUGGGCCAAAACCUGAGAGAUGCAGCUCUGAGGAUGGGCCAUGGCAAGAACCUGCUGGGAAGGAAUGUGGCUUAUGGAGUUAUCCAGUCUCUUAAAGAGUGCCUCUACUUCCUGCUCUGCUGCUGGUGCAUCAAAGAGAUCCUGGACUAAGAAAAAGUGCUUUUAAGCUGGUGGAUGAUUCAUCACAGAUGUGUUGAUGCUUUGGCCUGAAUCCAGAUCUCUUCACACAUGCACACUCAUGCCUCACAAAUAUUAGAGGCUGCUGUAGCAAUGCAGUUUAAAGCAGCACAUCACCCAGGCUUCAUAGGAGGAAUAUAGACCACGUCCCUGUCAACAUUCUGGUGGUAUUCAAACAUGUUUUAAAUGAUACUGUUUGAGAAAAUUGUACAAUAAAAAUAAAA